AUGGAUGUCCACAUACGGGAGAACCCACAGAAAGGUGUCUGCACCUCGGCUGGGAUGGCGGAGCACGGGACAACGGCUCUCUUCACCAAUGACAGGGCCCAGCUGCUGGUGCACGGCCUGGCCCUGGCACGGCAGGAGGGCGGCCUUCUCGCCCGUCCAUCUGCACCCGGGCCCUCUGACGCCCCGCCCGCCCCGCCGCCUGGGGCCCGGCCACCCGGGCAGGAGGGGGCGCCGCUGGAGGGCCUCGCAGACUCAACCGGCCACUCUGUGUCCCUCCGGCAGGUUCCCUGGCUGACGCAGGGCAGGAGCCCUCUGCCUGCUCAUGCCCGCGGCCGGCCCGGGCUGUGCAACAUGUACAAGGACGCGCACCACGCGGCCAGAACCACCCACUACGGCUCCCUGCCCCCGAGGGCGCAGCACGGCCGGGCGCAGGAUGAGAACCCCGUAGUCCACUUCUUCAAAAACAUCGUGACGCCCCGCACACCUCCGCCGUCGCAAGGGAAGGGGCGAGGACUGUCCCUCAGCAGAUUCAGCUGGGGCACCGAGGGGCAGAAGCCCGGCUUCGGCUACGGCGGCCGAGCUUCGGACUACAAAUCGGCUCACAAGGGCCUCAAGGGCCAGGAUGUCCAGGGCACGCUUUCCAGAAUCUUCAAACUGGGGGGGAGAGACAGUCGCUCCGGGUCGCCCAUGGCUAGACGCUGAAGCCUGGCUCCUGCUCCCGCACCCCGCCCUCGGCUUCCUAACACUGCGCCCCGAGAUGCUAACCCGGCCCCCGCCCAGCCCCGCCUUCCAGAAACGACCUCCGGCCCCCGGCCUUGGACGCAUGCGCACAGCAGGGCCAGGCGCACGGGAGGGUCAGCCCCGCCGCACCCUGCCGGCGCGCUCCGGCCCGCAGCUCCACGGGGAAGCGCACCCACGGAACACGCCGGCACCCCCUCCUCCGCGUCUGAAGACAGCGUCUCGGAGCUCCACUCCACGGCGGCGGGCCGGGCACCCCGGAGCCCCCGCGCCCAGGGGCGGGCCGCCGCCCGCUGACCCUCCGCCCUUGGCCUUGCUGCACAGGCUGACCUUUCCCCAGCUUCCGGCACUGCCGUGCGAUGCUGCCGUGGACACAGGACACGCGUGGGUGGUGGGGCUGGUGCCCGCGCUCCCUUCGGUUUCCUUCCCUGCCCCGUCUCACCCCCGAAGGCCCCUUCCCUUUGCUAACAGGACGAGGCAGCGAGUGGCCUCACCCCGCGGGGGCUUCUGUAUGUGCAACGCAGGUGGGCAGCUUGGAGGAGAGCAGGGGGUGGCGCAGAGGGCCCGGCGGGCCGCUCCCCCGCCGGGCGGCUGGCCUCGUGCGCGACGGAGAGCGGACGGCGGCAGGGGGCCUGGGCCGUGGCCUGGAGCAGGGAGCAGGCGAGGACACAGCGGGGACCAGAGCGGCCC